AAUGGAAAAUUUGGAAGGCAUAUAUAAAUUUACAUUUCGAAAAAAAAAGAACUAAUACCUCCCUGAAGUACACUACAUUUGUAAAAGAGACGAUGAAGAUUAUUUUUUUUAUUAACUUGAAGGAUCAAACUAUAUAUCACUUGAGAUCCUUCUUAAAUCAUAUGUAAAAUGUUAUUUAACAUAGUUAUCUUAAAUUAUUCGAUUGAGUAUUGGCUAAUGCUUAAUAUUGAUAAAAUUAAUUUACGAGAAGGUUAUUGAAGUUUACAGAAAAGAAGCGAAAACAUUACCUAAAAUAAAAUUAGAAAAUAUAUGGAUUUAUACAGAGAAAGGAUUUAAUGCAGAAAUUAAACCAUAAAAAUCAAUGAAGAUUAUAUUUUUGAAUUAUUAAGAUGAAAAUGUAAGUAUAGAGGAAAAUUUGAAGUAGCUUCAAUAGAUUAAUUAUUAAAUAAAAAAAUAUUGUUGUAAGACUGAGUUUUAAAUAAGGGCAAAGGAUGGUGAUAGCCAUUUUAUAUAAUAAACAAUGAAUAUUAUUAAAGAUAUGUUUUAUGAGAUUGAAUAAUCUUUGUAUGAAAACCCCACAGAAAUAAAAAAUACAAUAGAUAAAUACGUAAAUAAUGAAACUUAAGAAACAGAUUAUGAAUACUUUUAAGAAGAUGUUUAAAACAUUAAACGCAAUUUUGAGAUAGUUAUUAGAAAUUGUAAUGAAGAAUUCAAAAAGAAUUGUUAAAAUGAGUUAUAAUUGCACAGAAAGUUGUUAAAUUGGUAGAAAAAAUUAUUUGAUUAUUUUAUUGAAAAUUAUUGGGAUAGACAAGGAAAUGAAUAGAUAAUAGCAAUCUUAAAUUAUUUUGAAGAAAGGAUUAAUAAAAAAAAUGAAGAUAAAGAAUAUAUGACUACUGAAAUAGAACAUAAAUUUUUUUAAAUAUUAGAAUAAGAAGGAUUUUUAAAUUUUAAUUCAAAAAAUAUUAGAUACUCUACAAAAAUACGAUUAGAAAGAGAGUUAAAAUAAAUGUUGGAAAACGAAAAGAAUUCACGUGAGACAAAAAAAAAAGAAGCUGAAAAUAAGAAAAAAGAUGAAAUAGAUUAAAAGUUUGAGGAUCGAGUUUAAUAGGAGUUUAAAAAUGUAGAAAAUAAUAAAGAGUUUAAUGAAAAAGAAAACAUAAGAAAACAAAAUUUAGACAUAAUCAAGAAUUUCUAUAUAGAAAAUUCAUAAAAUAGAUAUAAACUAUAUGAUAGGUUUUAUUACACUAUCAAAUUUUAAGAAGAAUGGAAAAAAUGUAUUUUAGAAGAAAUUUUACCAAUAGACAAAAAAAAAAUAGAUAUUCAUGAUUAAGAACUAAGCAAAAAUUUAACUAUCUUCUUUGAAGAAUUAUUAGUAAAAAAUAAAAUUGGAAGAGAUAAUGAAGAAGAAAAACAAAAAUAUAUAUGA